AUGGCCGGGCCUUGGACACUCAAGGUCGACACCUGCUAUAAUGGAACUGCGACUGGGGGGCUAUGCAGCAUCGACGGCUUUGAAACAAGCAGUGAUGUCACACGACAACGAGAAGACAGACCUAACACGAUCGAGCAUGGAUUUAUCUCGAUCGUAAGUGACAAGGACAACGUCAAAACGACCCUCCGCUGCAACGGCGCCCUAAACAGAAUCGAAGCACACGUCCUGUCCGGACCCGCCCCGGGUGCCUUGGAUUGGCACGCCGUCGGGAUAGACCACAACCCUAGCACAGGACGACUGGUCUGGGGCAAGCCCAAAGCCGAGCCUGUACAGGCGUACAGACAUUACAUCCGCGGUCGACCCGUUGAAGGAUUGUUCCUCGGAUCGAAUAAUGAGACGAACUGGGUGGUGCGCUCAUCUGGGAGGGAUGUGAGCGUUAUGGAUAUGAAGCCGUAUUGGGUUAUGCGAUUGAUGAUUCCUGAGACGAGUAUUCGGGAGAAUGAGUAUAGGACAUUAAUUCGGAUUGAUGGGAGCUGA